AUACAUGUAUACACAUUUGCGUGCGUGUGUGUGUGUGUGUGUAUAGCUGUCGGGUUUUCGGUCCAACACGGCGUAGUUUCCACUUUCUCCUCCCUCAGUCUUCAGUCUUUUGAUUUGAAAGUUUGAAGUUGAAUAGCAAAGAGGAAACUUUUCCAGUACAGGCCUAGAUCACUCUUGACUUCUCAUCUGAACAUAUUCCAAAUUCUUCGAGUUGGCAUCUCUCUUUAGCUAGCUAAUUCAUUUCACAACAGCAGAAGCCAAAAGCCAAAAACCAGAAGCCAGAAGUCCUCGAUUAAGCUUCUCACCUCACCUGCAGGAACUCAUAGUUUCACUGAUCCAACGCAAAAACAAAAGCAAUCCUUAUUUCUUCCACGACAUUCCUUCAUAUAAAUUUGGAUGGAGGCAGCUGCAAAUUAAAUCAGAGUUCCAAUUUCAUCCCAAAAAAAAAAAAAAAAUGAAGAAAUGCAACGUUUCAGUUCUUUCCCAACAUUUGCUUCCGCUGAAGAUCCUGCUGUUACUAGGAAUGGCUGUCGGAGAUCCAAGAACGAAGACGGUCCAAAUAAUGUGCGGCAACCAACUUGAGCACAACACAACCGUGUUUGUUCCGAAUUUUGUCAGCACGAUGGAAAACAUCAGUGAACAAAUGCGAACUUCCGGCUUUGGAGUGGCAGUCACCGGUUCAGGCCCCGACACCAACUACGGCCUAGCUCAAUGCUAUGGAGACCUUUCUCUUCUGGAGUGUGUGCUAUGCUACGCAGAGGCGCGUACAGUGCUUCCCCAAUGUUUUCCUUACAAUGGGGGUCGGAUUUUUCUCGACGGUUGCUUCAUGAGGUCCGAAAACUAUAGCUUUUACGAGGAGUUUAGAGGAUCGGAAGAUAGGGUUGAGUGUGGGAACACAACGAGGAAGAGUUCGGCGUUUGGAGACUCGGCAAGGCAGGUUGUGAAGCGUGCGGUUGAUUCUGCGCCAAGCAACCGAGGAUAUGCAAGGGGUGAGGUGAGUGUGAGUGGGACGGCAAACGAGUCAGCUUAUGUGUUGGCUGAUUGCUGGAGAACUUUGGAUGAGAGCUCGUGCAGACAGUGUUUGGAAAAUGCAUCUGCAUCAAUGUUGGAAUGCUUGCCUUGGUCCGAGGGGCGAGCGUUGUACACCGGGUGCUUCAUGAGGUAUUCAGACACAGAUUUUCUCAACAAGGAAAUGGGAAAUGGAAGCUCCAGAGGUACUGCAAUUGUCAUAGUAGUUUCAGUUGUCAGCUCCUUGGUAGUUUUGGUAGUUGGAGUAGCCAUUGGAUUUUAUAUCUGGAAGCACAGAUAUAUACAAAAGAAAAGAAGAGGAUCAUAUGAUGCAGAGAAGUGGGCGAAAACCCUAAACGACAGUAGCUUAAACUUCAAGUACUCAACAAUUGAAAAGGCCACGGGGUCUUUUGACGUUGUCAACAAGCUUGGACAAGGAGGUUUCGGAACUGUUUAUAAGGGAGUUCUGGCUGAUGGCAGAGAGAUUGCAGUGAAGAGGCUUUUCUUCAACAACAGACACAGAGCAGCAGAUUUCUUCAAUGAAAUCAACAUUAUAAGCAGCGUGGAACACAAAAACUUGGUCAGGUUGUUGGGCUGCAGUUGCUCGGGACCUGAAAGCCUUCUCAUCUAUGAAUACCUACCGAACAGGAGUCUAGAUCGCUUCAUCUUCGAUCAAGAAAGAGCUAAAACACUUAACUGGGAGAGGAGAUAUGAGAUCAUUGUUGGAACGGCAGAAGGUUUAGCCUACCUUCACGACAACUCGAAAACAAGGAUCAUUCACAGAGACAUAAAAGCGAGCAAUAUACUUUUGGAUUCAAGGCUUCGUGCUAAAAUUGCAGAUUUUGGUUUGGCCAGGUCUUUUGAGGAAGAUAAGAGUCACAUCAGCACAGCAAUUGCAGGAACAUUGGGAUACAUGGCUCCAGAAUACCUAGCUCAUGGCCAGUUGACAGAAAAGGCAGAUGUCUACAGCUUCGGAGUGCUUAUAUUGGAGAUCAUCACUGGAAGGCAGAACAACAGGAGCAAAUCUGCAGAGUACUCAGAUGGCAUAGUUACAAUUACCUGGAAGCACUUUCAAGCAGGGACCGUAGACGAACUGUACGACCCAAAUUUAAUGUUGCAGAAUUGCCAUGACAAUGUUAAGGAUGAGAUAUUCAGAGUGGUUCAGAUAGGACUUCUAUGCACCCAAGAGAGUUCCUCUUUACGACCAACAAUGUCAAAGGCGCUGCAGAUGCUAACAAAGAAGGAGCUGCACCUUCCUGCGCCCACCAAUCCACCUUUUAUAGAUGAAAAGACCAUGGAACUCAAUGACCACGGCGACGACCAAUGUUACCCUCUAAAUGCAGAUGGUGUUUCUUCAGUUGCGAGUGUUUCACAUAGUUCUUUCUAUCCAAGGUAAUCACAACAUGGUGAAAAGUGAAAACGAAGGGUUUCACAAAUUCCAGGGCUUGCAACUAAGUUCUCCUAUGAAGGAGCUGAGGAAUCUCAGGCUGCUACUUGCCCCUGCUCUGCUCAGUCAGAGAAUACGUCAAGUUUGAGUAACUGAGAUGAAGUACAAAUGGCAUUCGACGAUUUGUAGAUAUAGCGAGAAUGGUAGAGCCAGAGUUCAAAAAAAAGAAAAAAAAAUUUCUCAGUUUUCAAAGCCAGACAGUGAGCGAUAUUUUUGUUCUCAUUUGUAGAAGUAAAAUUGAUCAGAAAUGCUCUUAAAGAUUGAUAUUCACAACUAUGAAAGAAUAAUUGAAAAGAAAUGUAUGAGGCACAACAUUUUUCUUA